AUGUCUAUUCCACAGACACCAGCGAUGAAAUGGCGAUGGAAUCCAUUAGAGGUAGAUGCUCGCUUAAAAUCCUCUAUUAAACAGCUUGGUUCUAAAUCAUUACGUGCUAUUUUCCCCGGAAUAACUGAACUGAUCGAGACAUCCACCUUUUCCAACUCUAUUGAACUCUUUGCUAGCUACAAACUGACAUCUCAGAGAAUUAAAGCCGUCGGCUUGCUCAAUAGAACAAAUAACGCGGAUUUUCAACGUCUUUUAGAGUUUGGGGUUAUUUUAUUUUUUCCUGAGAUUAAAUCGUAUUUUAUGAAUGCUGAAAUACAUAAGCACUUUUCAAUUAAAAACGAAAUGCCCAAAAAUCUUGAUUUUUCACUUGAUCAAGAUCGUUACAUUUUGUAUAAGGACAAAAUUAUUUUGAGUCCCUACCAACUAAUUACCGUGAUUACUGAAGCAGCGUUAGCCUAUGAUCCACAAUCAGCUCUAUCUUCAGAAGCAGAUAUUUCUAAUUCUGGAAGAAAAAUUCGGCGGAAAACAAGUUUAAAUGGAGCUUUGGGCUCGUCACUUUUUGAGUUUCAUUUUUUUUCCCGCCGGAUUUUAGAGAUGAUUUCUCUUCGUCUUGACAAGGAAAAUUUUCAGAAGACAUUAAAUGAACCUUCUCCAAAAAAAAAAGAAUCAACCUCAUAUAUUAUUUCCGAUGAUUCAUUUGAUGAAGAAGAUGAAAUAUUACCCAAACCUGAUGUUUUAGCUGAAAAAACUGGCAAAAGAAACGGCCAAGAUUAUGAUUCUCUAGAGUCUAGCGAUGAAAUCCCACAAAGUCCUGAGUGCUUGGACACGGACUCAGAGCAGCCAACAUAUGAAAAUUCAACGCCGGCUUUAGAUCAGGAGGAUGCACCAAAUUUGGAUUAUAGUGAUCACAGUACAACCGAUGCUGCGGAAAAUGACAAAACAAAAAAUUUUCAAAAGAACAAACGACUUAAAGCUAUCUACAAAGGACAAACGAAAGCUACUGUUACACUAAGCUCCUAUCUGACUACGGAUGGCUCCUCAAAAAACAGUGCGUCAAGCUUGUUGGUCAAGCAAGCAUCAUCAUCGAUUCUUCUCAGUAUCAACGCCUCAAGCUUGUUGGUCAAGCGAGCAUCAUCAUCGGUUCUUCUCAGUAUUGACACCUCAAGCUUGUUGGUCAAGCGAGCAUCAUCAUCGGUUCUUCUCAGUAUUGACACCUCAAGCUUGUUGGUCAAGCGAGCAUCAUCAUCGGUUCUUCUCAGUAUCAACGCCUCAAGCUUGUUGGUCAAGCGAGCAUCAUCAUCGGUUCUUCUCAGUAUCAACGCCUCAAGCUUGUUAGUCAAGCGAGCAUCAUCGUCGGUUCUUCUCAGUAUUGACACCUCAAGCUUGUUGGUCAAGCGAGCAUCAUCAUCGGUUCUUCUCAGUAUCAACGCCUCAAGCUUGUUAGUCAAGCGAGCAUCAUCGUCGGUUCUUCUCAGUAUUGACACCUCAAGCUUGUUGGUCAAGCGAGCAUCAUCAUCGGUUCUUCUCAUUAUCAACGCCUCAAGCUUGUUGGUCAAGCGAGCAUCAUCAUCGGUUCUUCUCAGUAUUGACGCGUCAACUUGUUCAAGCGAGCAUCAUUCGUUCUUCUGA